AUGGAGAUAAGAAAGGAUCUUCACCCUUUUGAAAAAGGAAAUAGAAGAUAUGAACUUCCUCCGGCUUCCUACAACUUGACACAUGAUGAGAAGAAGGCAAUGUGCGAGAGCUUACGGGGGAUCAGAGUGCCUAGUCGUUUUUCAUCCAACAUAAAGAAACUAGUCUCGAUGAAAGACCUCUCACUAUGCGGAUAUAACUGUCACGAUUGUCAUGUGUUGUUGACGGUGUUCCUCCCUAUUGCAAUUAGAGUGAUCAAGCCAGUAUACGUGAAGAUGGUAAUCACUCGGCUGUGCUAUUUCUUCAACAAGAUUUCUCAAAAGGUGAUCAACGAAGAUGAAUUGAAUGAUCUUCAAGAAUUUAUUGGGGAGACUAUGGCACAACUUGAGAUGUGCUUCCCUCCUGGUUAUUUUGAUAUAACAGAGCACUUAAUGAUUCACAUGGUCGACCAAAUAUGUGCAUUGGGUCCACUUUACCUACAUGAAAUGUGGAUGUACGAGUGUUUCAUGUCCAUUCUAAACCGGUACGUACUAAAUCGUGCUUAUCCUGAGGGUUCUAUGAUCAAGGGAUACAGUACUGAGGAAGUCAUCGAGUGCUGCCUUGGUUACCUAAAUGAUAAAGUAUCCAUUGGUCUGCCCGUUCCUCGGUUUUUUGGGAGGUUGGAAGGGGUUGGGACGAUUGGGAGAAAAACAUUUAUUGAUAAGGAUUUUAAAGGAGUGCAACAAGCACAUUAUAGCAUCUUGCAGCAUCUCACGAUAAUGACUCCUUUAGUCAAUGAGCACUUGAGCAUGAUUUGUGCCGAAUGUAAUGGCCGCUCAGAUGAUUGGAUCAUGAGAGAGCACAAGCGUCGAUUGACUGCAUGGUUGAAGGAUAUGGAUCUACCAGAUGGAGAUACCUUGGAAGAACAAACAAUUAAAAGAUUAACAACAAGUCCAUCUAGCCAGGUCACAUCAUGGCAAGGGUAUGAUAUUAAUGGAUAUUUAUUUUAUACUGCCGCAAAGGGCAAGAAGACCGUAUCCCAGAAUAGUGGUGUCUGCAUUGAGGCCUUGGACGAGAGAACAAGCGAAAGUACCACUUACUAUGGUGUCAUUGAUGAUAUAUGGGAAAUACACUAUGGUUACAAUAUACAAAUACCGGUAUUUCGGUGUCGUUGGGUCAAACACCCUGGAGGUGUUGAGGUGGAUGCCUAUGGACUCACGAUUGUUGACCUCAAUAAUGUUGGUUACAAAGAUGACCCAUGGGUACUUGCUUCACAAGUCGCAGAAGUACUAUAUGUAGCUGACCCCGCAAAAAAAGCAAAGCAUGUUGUUGUUCCUGGAAAACAAGAUAUCAUAGGUGUUGAUGGUAUCAACGAUGUGGAAGAUUAUAAUCAGUACAACAAAAUGAACCUCUUCACAGACCUACCACAGAAGAUGAACAUUAUAGAAGCAAACUUAAGAAAGGAUGAUAAGCCAUGGGCACGCAAGGAUGGCGAAUUGAGAAUUGUUACCGCUUGA